AUGGUGCAUAUAUCAACUAGAAAUAUCCAGGCCACCAACAUGUUGUUCUCCUCCUGGGCCUUAGUCUUCUUGGCAGUAGGAAUCAUCAUAGAAGAAUGGGUUGAACUGAAAUUUGAAACAAAAAACGAUACGAUAAGCCACAGUCCAUGGAUAUGUUGCACCACUGUUUGGCCAGAAGAUAAUCUGAAAGUGGUCAGGAUUCUGAUGAUUUGGGUCCUGUCCCUUUCCUUCUUCCAUAACAUGUUCCUGGGUUUGGAAUUCACCUAUCUGAUUCCUCAAACUAAACUUGUCCUCUUCGUCAAUGUCUUCCUCAGUUUCUUAUUAGGUAUCCUUCUGCUCUGUGCUCUUCUACAUUAUCACCGAAAUCUAAGGCAAGGUCAAUCCGUGUACUAUGCUAGUUACAAGAUCACCUGGAUCAUUUUCACUGUCUACUUAAAUGUUUUCUUCUUUAUUGUCUCUGGAAUCCUCUCUGUCCUACAGCGCAAGCAGUCCAUCAAUUGUUGUGCCUCAUUGACCACCCUUCAUGAAUCUGCGAGAGAAAUUCAGGAUAUACAGCAAUCUGAGAGUUCUAUCAGAGGUACUUCAUUACCAGCACGCACUGCAAUGCCUCAUAGUAUUGUACGUGUGCACUCCACACAUACUGGAGAAGAUUCUCCAAACAAAUCACAAAUCCAGACACAUCGUGUAACCUGGGCUCUAUGA